AUGUCAGGUCCGCUUCUUUUCCAAGCAAUAAGAGACAAUAGUCGAGAACAAAUCGUGCUUUUGCUAGAACAGGCGCACGCGAACGUGAACCAGACCAACGCCAAUGGGACGACACCACUGAUCUUGGCUGCACAACUUGACAAACCGUCUCUUGUUGAAGUGCUGCUUGCCAAGGGCGCCGAUCCCACAGCUCAAGAGAGGCUUGAACUGGGAGGGAAUACAGCGCUACACUACGCAGCUAAAAACGGCAACAGAGAGGUGACAGUGCUCCUGCUGAGUCAUGGAGCGCAGGCGAAUGUGCAAGACAGGCUGGGACGCACCCCGCUCCAUACCGCUUGCCGGUAUGGUAGCACUGCCGUAGUGCAAACGCUUUUGUCCAAGGGCGCAGAUCCCUCCUGCAGAGAUUACUCCGGUGAGCCAAUGUUUAGCAAAAUCUCAUGUGGAACAGAUGUUGUCCGUUUCACGGCAUCGUACUGGGCCAAAGUCAAUGGCCACGAGGAAUGCGCGGUGUUGCUUCCGCCCCCCCAAUUUUACGGCAGUAAACAGAUAUCUGAGUUUCAGCUAGCAACGAUGGAUGCCUUGGAGUUGACUCUGAACAUUCCUUCCAAGAAAUCCACCGGUGGCAAGGGUAAAGGAAAGAAAAGUAGAUAG